GCGGCGAGCGAGCGGGGCCGGCGGGCCUGGCGGAGCCGACGGGACAAUGGCGCUACUCCCCUCGCGGAGCCCGCUGGUGCUGCUGCCGCCCCCGGCCCGGAGGGGGCGCCCGAAGGCCCGAGGGGGCGCCCACCCCGCCAUCAGUUGCAGCCGACUUCGACAAAUUCAGAACAUUCUGACCGAGAGCAACAAAUCCCAGCCCGAUGGUAUCCUGUGCAUCUUGGGAAUUGAUAGCCGAUACAAUGAAGGAUGCAGGGAGCUAGCCAACUAUCUUCUCUUUGGCUUGUACAGCCAGAACAACAAUGAGUUCGAAAGAUCAGGAUUUCCUGAAGAAGUCCUUGAUGAUGUGAUCCUGCUAAUUAAACCAGACAGCGUCCAUCUGUACUGCAACCCUGUCAACUACAACUACCUUUUGCCAUACGUAGCAUUUUGGAGGAAUCUGCAUUUCCACUGCCUGACUGAAAAUGAGUAUGAAGAUGAAGAGGCUGCUGAAGAAUUUAAAAUUUCCAGCUUUGUAGAUAUGGUUCGAGACUGUAGUCGGAUCGGCAUUCCCUUCAGUUCACAAGGUCACCUGCAGAUAUUCGACAUGUUUGUGGUGGAAAAGUGGCCAAUUGUGCAAGCCUUUGCUCUAGAGGGAAUUGGCGGGGACGGUUUCUUCACCAUGAAAUACGAGCUGAUGGAUGUCAGUCUGGACCUCUGGAAAGCCUACAGUAAAGUGGACCCGGUUUCUCUGGAGAGUUUAUUUGAUGAGGAUUUGAUGACUUUUGAACAUCAGUGGACCAACUUCUUUGCCAAUUUUGACACCGAAAUUCCUUUCAUUCUCGAACUCUCAGAGUCUCAGGCAGGGGAGCCAUUCCGAAGUUACUUUAGUCAUGGAAUGAUUUCAAGCCAUAUAACAGACAACAGCCCCAGCAGGCAACCGUUUGCGCUCUUUGGCACGCACUCGUCACGAGAAAAUCUGAAUUCGGGCAAUUUCAGUUUCCCCUCGGAAGGGCAUCUGCUUCGCAACACUGGCCUGGGCGGGAGCAUCGCCAAGCACAUGGUAGUGCAGUGUGUCUCCCCCAAGGGACCUCUGGCUUGCUCGAGAACAUAUUUCUUCGGAGCGACUCACACGCCUUACCUCGGGAACAAUGAAGAGUUGGAAAAGAAAACUGAAGAAGUUAAACUGUUAUCUCAGAUCUAUUCUGCUGUGGUAGAGGCUGUCUUGGCUGGCAUAGACACGUUCUCAAAAACGUCCAACAUCACAAAGGCAAAAGAAGUAGCAGAGAAAGUGUUUUUCAAUAUGCUUGACACCUUUGAACUUUCAUGCUUUAAAACUCCACUACGCGCUAGGAUAGACUUCUGGAUUCAAGCUGUGAACAACCACGGAAGAGUUAUUCCAGUGGAUAACAAGGACAGCCUGUACUUAGUCAAAACUGUAACCAUGGCUGUGUAUGAUAUUCCUGAUCUGCUUGCCGGAAGGGGCUGCCUGGGAUCGGUCGUCUUCUCGGAAUCCUUCCUGACAUCGCAGAUUCUUGUGAAGGAAAAAGAUGGCAGUAUUAACACAGAAACCAGUUACAUCAUUCUCACUGCAGCUAUCCGAAGAUCAGUGUCUUGGCUGGUUGAAGACAACGAAGUGAAACUGUCGGAACAGGCCCAGCAAAUCCUGAAGAAAGAAGAAUCCUCCCUGGGUACUCUCCUGACGGGAGGUGAUGGAGCCUAUAUUGUUGCUAGCAAUUCGCUGUGUAGGCCGGAGGAAGGGAAGCUCUAUUUCUUUUCGGAGGGCCUUUUGUUCUGCCACCCCCACUAUGGCAGCAUCACCAUCUCCAAGGCACAGAUGGUGUCCAUCCAGUUCUUUGAUGGGGAUUCCACCAGUGUGGUUGCUGCUCUCUUUAUAGAAUACAAGCCUUGCCUGCUUCCUCAUUUGCCGGUCCAGCUCCGUACCCCAAACAACUUCCUGAUGAUUGCACUUUUCCCAAAGUCAACACUUUAUAAAUCUUUCUACUCCCAGGUCUUUUCUGCCUGGCAACAGCAGGGGAACUCGGGAAUAACAUUAAAGAUGGUCCAGCAUGACUGCCUGCCUGCAGAACAGGAGAGACUGCAUUCCAGCAUGCAAAAGCUCUUUGAUGUCCUAUCCUGUCCCACUGGGGAAAGAUGGAGCCAACUAAGACUGCUUCCCAGCCUCCCAGAUCUGGGCAGUUUUCUACAGCACUUUACCAUCAGUAGCGUCAGCCAAGAACCAGUGAUGAGAUUGCACCUGCCCGUGCUCCUGCAGCAGACCGACAUCAUUCCUGAGAAUGAGGCAGAGAACGAUAAGGUGGUGAUCACCAUCUUGACAGGUCUUCCUGGAUGCCAGUCAAGUGAGCUGUGUUCAUUCUUGGUCACUUUUAACAAAGAAUAUGGAAGGUGGCUUGUUUAUCGCCAAACCAUGGACAGUCCUGAAUGCUUCAGUGCUGCCCACUUCCAGAAGUAUCUGUCAAGCGUCCUUGAAUCUCAGCACAGCCGAAGCACCCGCCCCUCCGCUUAUCAUAGGAAGAAAAUGAGGCUGCUGGUGGUCCUCCAAGGGUACACCGACGUGAUUGACGUCGUGCAGGCCCUUCAGACUCACCCAGACGCCGACGUGAAGGCCUCCUUCGUCAUCGGCGCCGUCACAACCUGCGUUGAGCCGCUCAGCUCCUACAUGGAGCACAGGUUUCUUUUCCCCAAGUUUCUGGACCAGUGUUCGCAAGGUUUAGUGAGUAACGUGGUAUUCACAAGCCAUACCUCCAAACAAAGAAGCCCGCUCCUUGUUCAGCUUCAGAACCUCAUCCGAGCCGCAAACUCUUCGGUUUCUUUCAUCCUGGCAGAAAACGGAGUCGUAACUAGGAAUGAAGACAUUGAACUUAUUCUCUCUGAAAACAGCUUCUCAAACCCACAGACGCUGGCAGCUCGCUGCUUGAUGUACCCUGGCUGGUUUGAUGGGAAAUUUAGAGCCGGGUCUGUCUUUCCCCCCAUGGUCCAAAUCUGUGUGUGGUUUAACCGCCCUUUGGAGAAAAUGCGGUUCGCAGCCAAAUGUAAAGCUCUGAAGUCCGCUAACAAGUCAAGUCCAUUCUCAGGAAACAUAUACCACGUUUUUGGCAAAGUCAAGUUUUCAGAUUCUGAUCGGAUGAUUGAAGUUUGCCACCACACAUCUUCCAACACCUUAACCCUGGUACCUCUCCAGGAGGGGCCCACCCCCUCCCCUCCUGAUUCCAGAACUGACAGCCGGGACCCCCCUGGACCUCAGGGAUGUUUCCUGGUGUUCGUCGGCUGCUCCCUCAGAGAAGAUGACAUCAAGGACUGGCUGAGGCAGACAGCCAAACAGAAACCACAAAGAAAAGCUUUGAAGACUCGGGGCAUGCUGACUUCACAGGAGAUCAAGAACAUUCAUGUAAAACGGCACUUAGAUCCACUUCCAGCUGGCUACUUCUACAACGGGACCCAAUUUGUGAAUUUCUUUGGAGACAAGAUGGAUUAUCAUCCAUUAAUGGACCAGUUCAUGAAUGACUACUUGGAAGAAGCAAACCGUGAGAUUGAAAAGUACAACAGGGAACUGGAAGAGCAGGAGUAUCACGACCUCUUCGAACAGAAGAUCUAACUCAGAAGCCACGUGCAGUAUUGAAAAGUCACAGGGACCUCCUUUAAAUUCUGAAUUAUUUGUCCCCAAGAAACAUGUUUCACCUUUGCUGGCUUUAGCUGGUCUUUUAAUGUUUAAGUUGCAUUCACAUUAGGUUGGCAUCUGAAAAUGUGAUACAGUCCAGUAAAUAUACCACUGGUCUGGUGUAUUUCCAAAUCUACGUUGAGUUCAGUAAUCUAGAGCACAUUGGCAUAUUAUGGAAAAGUGAUGUAGGAGCCUUUGAUUUCAACCAUUUACAGAGCUGUAUUUCUCAUCAGGCUGGUCCUUAGUGUUGCUUUUCUGAUGUCCCCCAAAUGCCUUGGCUUAUGUUUAGUGAUGAACAUAAUCAGGGUCUGUGAUUGUAUGGCAGCCCUGUGUAUUCUUGAAGAAAAAAAUGAGGGAAACACAUCUGUUUUUAAAGGCUACAUGGUGGUUUGGAGUGGUGUUCCUAAAGCGAGAAAUGGGGGAACUCAAAUGAUCUUGACUCUGCCCCGAACCAACAUGUGAGCGUUUGAAGAUGUUCCUAAAAUGAGAAAUGGGGGAACAUACCUGUUCUUAAACAGAUAUGCUACUAACCAACAUGGUGGCUUGGCUGGUGUUCCUAAAGCGAGAAAUGGGGGAACACGUCUGUUUGUAAAGGCUGCUAUUAACCUACAUGGUGAUUUGGGGUGAAGUUCCUAAAGCGAGAAAUGGGGGAACUCAAAUGAUCUUGACUCUGCCCCAAACCAACAUGUGAGCGUUUGAAGAUGUUCCUAAAACGAGAAAUGGGGGAACAUACCUGUUCUUAAACAGAUAUGCUACUAACCAACAUGGUGGCUUGGCUGGUGUUCCUAAAGCGAGAAAUGGGGGAACACGUCUGUUUGUAAAGGCUGCUAUUAACCUACAUGGUGAUUUGGGGUGAAGUUCCUAAAGCGAGAAAUGGGGGAACUCAAAUGAUCUUGACUCUGCCCCAAACCAACAUGUGAGCGUUUGAAGAUGUUCCUAAAACGAGAAAUGGGGGAACAUACCUGUUCUUAAACAGAUAUGCUACUAACCAACAUGGUGGCUUGGGUGGUGUUCCUAAAGCGAGAAAUGGGGGAACUCAAAUGAUCUUGACUCUGCCCCAAACCAACAUGUGAGCGUUUGAAGAUGUUCCUAAAACGAGAAAUGGGGGAACAUACCUGUUCUUAAACAGAUAUGCUACUAACCAACAUGGUGGCUUGGCUGGUGUUCCUAAAGCGAGAAAUGGGGGAACACGUCUGUUUGUAAAGGCUGCUAUUAACCUACAUGGUGAUUUGGGGUGAAGUUCCUAAAGCGAGAAAUGGGGGAACUCAAAUGAUCUUGACUCUGCCCCAAACCAACAUGUGAGCGUUUGAAGAUGUUCCUAAAGUGAGAAAUGGGGGAACUCAAAUGAUCUUAGGAGCUGCCCCAAACCAACAUGUGAGCGUUUGAAGAUGUUCCUAAAAUGAGAAAUGGAGGCACGCAUCUGUUCUUAAGGAAUGCUACUAACCAACAUGGUGGCUUAGCUGGUGUUCCUAAAGUGAGAAAUGGGGGAACGCAAAUGAUCUUGACAGUUGCCCCAAACCAACAUGUAACAGUUUGAAGAUAAGAAAUAAAGUACAUUUCUAAAGUAAGAAAUGGAGAGGACUUGCAUUCUUAAAGAAUGCUCAGAAUUAACGUGUUAUGGUUUCUGAAGUGUUCCUAAAGCAGAAAAUGGGGGAACAUACAUAUUCUUGAGAGCUUCCUCAAAUCGGCAUAUGAUGGCUUUUGAAUCUUUUUUCUUAAAAGUAUUCUGUGGAGCUGCUCCUAAGCAACCUUGGGCUUUCCAGCUACAUUUAUAGUGAGAUUGGAAGUAAAUGUCCUAAUUCUGAUAACUCCAUUCUAAAGAAAUUCCAGCUAAAUAUUAAAAUGCUGGGUAUAUCAAAGCAGACUAUAACAUGCCAGUCCAUUUCAGGCUGAAAAAUAAUCCCUAAAAUGUUCCAGUUCUUUUGAAAAGAAAAGUCCUUGAUGCCAUUUGAUAUUUACCUCUUUGAUUGAUUGUGUGUGUGUUUGUGUGUGUGCACGCACACACACACCCUUAUGGCAAGUUGUGAAAUACAUUGUGUUAUGUCACAUUUAAAAAGAGAACUACUUCCCAGCAUUAAAAGCCAUGCCCUCCUUCUUACACGCAGUGUAAAAUCAAUCUUCGGUGUUCCUCAAGGUUCUAAAAAUGGAGUUUCAUCCUUUUUGCUUGAAUGUUCUGUGGUGCAAAUAUCUGCCCCUUGCAUUUCCUUCCUGUUUUAGAGCACCCGAUCAACAGUAACAUUGGUAACCACAGAGUGAGUUUCCCACAUGCCUUACAAGCUAUUUAUUGAAGAAAAUCUUGCUUGUAGCCAGCCAUCUCAUGUCAGUUGGAUCCCGUGCUGGAGCGUCAGGAAUUUGUGUAAGAGAAUGGGCCAGAGAUGCACGCAGGACUGUAGAAAACGUGGAGUCGUAGGGAGCCAACUUGCAUCGGUGGCUUGAAUAUAUGUCUUUUAAUGCUUGCCAGAAGCAUUCGCCGUCAAGCCUCCAUGUGGCUCUCCAUGUCCAUGGCCUAAUUCCUCCAAGGGGUAUCCCUCUGGAUACAGACUCUCUGGAGGCAUUUAUACAGAGCACGCAACCGUCAGAUUGGCUUCAACGUGGGAUGUCCCUCAGUUCCCCAGGUCUGUGCAGGCUUGGUCGAACCUUCCCUAGAUCAGCCUUCUUCAACCUGGGCCUUUCCCAGUGUGUUGGGAAUUAACCUUCAGCCAGGAUGCUAAACUGGGAUACUGUUUGUAGAAGCUGGGUGUUGUAGUCCAAUCCAGUGUUUUUCAAACUUGGCAACUUUAAGUUGUGUGGGCUUCAACUCCCAGAAUGCCCCAGCCAGCCAUGCUGGCUGGGGGAUUCUGGGAGUCGAAGUCCACACAUCUUAAAGUUGCCAAGUUUGAAAAACGCUGGUCAAAUCCAACACGCAAGGCCCAGGAUGAAGAAGGUGGCUUUGGGCAAGAAGAUCAAGCCUCGAGUCUAACCCCCUAUUUCCAGCGCAGCGUAAAAAGUAGGUCUCACAAAACAGACGGUCAGAAACUGUUUUUCCCAACCCAAAGGAACAGGACUAAAGCUGGACUCGACCUUGAAGCACAACGAAAAACCAAUUUGUUUCUUUUUUCUUUUUUUAACCUUCUUGCAUAAGCGUUUCAAGGAGGUCACAAAAGAACCCUCAUUGGAAAAGUAACUAAUGGAGGAGCAGAAUUCCAAGUUGGUUUGGUUGCGUGGGUUCCAGAUAAUUUUUGCUUGAAAAAAGAGCCCAGGUUGAUCUGGAGCAGCUUAGCUUUUGAAUACUUUACGGUGGCUUCCUAACACCUGCACAGGUGGUGGCUUGUUGGUUGGUUGGUUGGUUUUUAAACAAGUUUCUGUUGCACUCCAUAGGACAUCUGAAAGGAAUACAGUGAUUUCCUUAACGUUGAAAACUAGUGGUUCCUGAUUACAUGUAUACUAAGCUUUCUGUGGGGUGUAUUAACGCCCAUCUUGCAGAUAAUAGAGUGUCCUUAUCAGAAUCGUGAAUUUAUCUAUGCAUGGCUGUAACCUAGUUAUUCUUCAGAUAUACUGAUAGUGCCUGGUAGGAGUAACGUAGCUAGGAGCUAUUUUGGGAGGAGCAGAGUGAGUGUAAAGCCUAGGUCAACGUGGCCGUAACGGGUGAAAAUGCCGGGUGCUUUUUGAGAUGGGAAGGUUUUAAUGUGGUUCUUGCCGUUUUCACCAGGAAUCUGAGUACAGUUCUGCGGGGCCCUUAGCACAGAACGCACUGGAAUUCCAAAGAGUUCCCACAGUUGCGCUACAUCCCCCAGACUGGGGUAUCCAAAAGGGUGAAAUAUCCAACAUACGCAAUGUGAUCCACAAAGACCUUCUCCUUCUCCUGAGCCUCCUUGAGAACCGGUGGAGAAUUUUUGCCCAGCUGGCCACGUUCAGCGGAAGCCCUGCUUGCCCCUCCUUCGUUUAGCAUAGUUUGUCUAAUGAUCCGCAAAGCCAUAUAUCUAGAAAUAAUCCUGUUGCUACCCAGCAUCUGGAAGCUGAGGCAAAGGCAAGCUAGCCUCGCUUGUCUCUGCUUCUUCAUCGAUAAGGAUAUAGGUUUUAAGUGCAAUUGUUACGGAUGAAAUAGGUGGAGAGAUUAGAGAGUCUGCUGAAUGCUGAAACGCUGGGGACAGAAACGCCCACAGACCCUGGCCAGGCGAGCCUCCAAGGGCUGUGCCAAGCACAGUCUUUCACCUGUGCACGCCGCGUGGGUGGGAAACUGGCACGGCAGGGUCGCCAUGGUCCAGCUGCUCCCGAACCCGCUCCCAUUGGCAACCCCUGCACGGUGUCUCUGUGCUGCCAUUCUGUGGGGCACCGUUUCACAUUGCAUAGGAGCGUUCUCCUGGCUCCUCUGCUGGAAACCAGAUGCUCCAUUUCUGCCCCUGAUAAGCUGACCAUUCACCGCUCCACCCCGAGAGGUAGGGUGGGUUUUUCAGGAUGCCGAGCAGGCUCCCUAGGCGGGCACACAAGCAUGAGGGUCUGCUGGAGUCCGAUCGGGGAGCUUUUCGAGGGCUGUUUCAGUUGCGUGUUGCAAUUUGGUUCCUUAUGUUGUGCCAGCCGAGCUGGGGGGCCCUCCUCCCCUCCUCGGGUUGCACAGCUGAGCUGGCAGUUCAGCAGAAGCGCAGAGCGAAGGCAUGGUAGAGAAGGAUGUAUUCUGUACUGCAUGCAAAGUGGAAACAAUGACCAUGUUCUAGCUUCAAGACCUUUCACCAUCUUGGUACUACUUUGAUAUUCUCUAUUUUGGUAUGGACCUUUUCGUUUCGUUACCUCAACUUCGUUGAUCUUCUAACUGUGAUUUUUUUUUUACCCUAAACAGGGUGGUGGGGGAGGAAUUAAAUAGCCAAAAUACUAAAACUGUGAUUAAGAGGAUCCUGUUCAAGACAUACCAGUGCCUUGUUUACGGCGCCAUUGAUAACGCCGCCCGAAUCGGACACAUGGGUGAUGUCAUGGUCCUUAAUUCUUGCACCCUCUUUUUGCAGGGAGGAAACCAUUUGGUGAAAGGACUCUGAACGUAGGGAAGAAUAUUAGCGCACCUGGUUAGGUUCUGUCUUGUGUCUUUUAAAAAUAAAAUGUUAAACUCUUUGAGGACUGAAGGAAAAAAAAUGGAGAAAUACUUGAUCUGGUCGGUCAUUUGAAGACAAUUGCUGUUUUCCUUUAGGAAUUGCUUCAACAGACCGACAGCGUUUUUAUCAAGGGGGGAACUAAUUUUGUUUAUUUUAUAGAUAGAUAUAUAUUUUUAAGGGGGGAAUGGCAUGGCUGAUGAACAUUUAAUUGAGGGGGGGGAGAGAAAUUUAGCCUGCUGUUAAAAAAAUGAAAUGAAACACUGAAAAGCAGCACCUCCGAGCUGCAAACGCUCCCCGUCCGAAGUGCUGUUACCCAGUUCCUGGGUCUGUGGCCACCGGGUGAAAGCAGCCGCGGGUCCAGGAAUCCGGGCCCUUCCUUUGGCGGAAAAAGGGCAGAAGCCGAGUCCUCAAGGGGUUCCCAUGCUUGCUGACUUCCCAUUAGCCGUUUGUGUGAUUGCCUAUCAACCUGAGGAUGAGUGUGAUCAGAAGUCGCUGAAGUUAUACAGGGCGGGUGGGUGGGCAGAUUGCAAACUUGAGGGUGGCACGCUUACAGCCCCACCUUUGCUGCUGAAAUAAAAGUGGGGAAGCCUCUGGUAAGGGUGUAUUCGAGCCAGCCUCCUCUCCCUAGAACAGUGUUUCUCAACCUUGGCCACUGGAAGAUGUGUGGACUUCAACUCCCAGAAUUCCCCAGCCAGCCAUGCUGGCUGGUGAAUUCUGGGAGUUGAAGUCCACACAUCUGAAAGUUGCUGUGGUUGAGACACACUGGCCUAGAAAGUCCUAUUCAUUCUGAGACAGAGGCAGAGUUGAGUUGGACGAGGAGGCACCAAUGCAGGAAUACAGCUUCGUAUUCAGCAUCAGCCUCUCUCAUUUUGGGUGACCGGGGGCCUCGUCAGACCCGGCUGUCCCUGCCCUCCAGGCCCCGCUUCCCGUUUUCUGCCCAAGCAGCGUUUAUUUGCAGCAGCGUUGGCUGGGAGCCUUAAGCGUCCCCCAAUUUCUGAAAUUUUAUUUUUCCUGAAUUUUGCACAGCUGAUAAGCUCCAGAAUCCCCUGGGGCGGUCUCGAAAGGGGGAGGCAAAUACGUAAACUGUGAGUUGUUAGAACCGUGUUGCUAAAUCUACUUUUAGAUGAUUAAAAAUGGACCUCAGAAAACUAGUAAGAAAUGGUCUUUGUGCCCUGUGGUGAUAGACUCACCCAGCCGUUGUUUUUAACCUGGUGCCAAAAUGGGAAAUUUCAUACUAGUUUUCGCCGUGUUUGCAACAUUCAGUAAAAUGUGUUAUUUUUACAAACUCUACUGUAACUUCAGUUAAACUGAAACGUGUGAUUGAAGCUUUUUGCUUAUUUGUAUUUAUUACACUACUUGAUUCAGUAAAUAUAUGAAAGUACCUUUACCUUUAUUUUUGUAUUAUUUUACACGUUUAUACUUGCUGUUUGUGAUUGUUAUUUUUUACACUUGUAACUUGGAUGCGAUUCUAAAACCCAAUAAAUUAUAUUCAUCCGUCCA